AUGUCUCAAAUAUUAUAUUCUUAUGAAGAUACUGAAAUUCGUGAAGCUUCGACUUCGUUAAAGACGCUUCGUGUUGUCAAUAUAUUAUCUCUUAUAGCGAGCUUCAUCAGUAGCAUUUAUGCUUACAUUCUUGACCCAAGAGAAAUUGAUCAUAAAUAUAACAAUAUUUUUUCUCCGUCGAUUGUUUUGAUCUUAAUUUUAUGGCCCUUAAUGUACUUUUUAAGAUUUGGAUUUGUUUUUUAUACUCAAUUUAGCAAUGUUGCCAUAGUUCAAGAAGUUGUGAAUGAAAGUGUUGGUUGGUUAUUUACAUUGGCCAAUCUUUUUAUGCUUGGCUGGUUAUGGUUUUGGUUGCAAUUGAACUUUGUUGGAAGUUCAUUUUUUGCAACAUUGACUCUCAUGGUAGUAAGUCUUGCUCAUUAUAGACUUACAGUAUAUUAUCCUCCAAAUGAACUACCUUCUUCACAAGCCAAGAAAAUAUAUAUUUUUGCUCAUGUCCCAUUUGCAAUAUACGCAGCAUUUUCAUGGCUGGAUUUAUUCCAUAAUAUUUAUAUGGCAUUAUUAAAAUCUAAUAAUGAUGAUAAUUAUGCAUUAUUGGGAAUUUUAUUUGUUUGGAUUAUGGGAAUUAUUGGAUUCGCGUGGACUGUUACCGGAUUAUUUAGUAACCGUCAAAGAGAUGGGCUCUUUGGUCUUGCCAUAGCCGCAUGUCUAAUCGAUGUCGCAGUUAGAGAAUGGGACAUAUUGUACUUGUCAAUUCAAACUUCAUUAUUAGCUGGUUUAAUUAUAUUAUCCUUUAUAUCUAUUUACGUUAAAUCCGGAUAUAAGUUAAAAAGUGCUUUUAGUUCCCAAUGGAUAAGUAAUCCAGGUAGUUUAAGGGAGCAAGCACCUUUAUUACGGAAUCAAACUUGA